CAACCCUUUCAAGUUUAAUCCUUGCAAGCGUGAGGAGAGAGAAACUCUACUGUAUUCCUAGAGAGAGAGAGAGAGAGCUCUGUCUCUCGCAAGUUCAAAUGCCAAAAUAGCCUCCACAGCUGCAAGCAAUCCGAGAGAGAGAGAGAGAGAGAGAGAGAGAUGUUUGGGAAAUUUGGGCGAGGGGGAGGAAUGGGCAGGGGGCAACCGAAGCGCAUGAUAAUGGCUCCUCCUCCCCAUAAUUCACUGAGACCUACUUCCUCAAGGCCCCCUGGCUCGGCAACUCUCCCUCGACGCUCAGCCAUUACAGGACCUCAACCUCCCGCUCCCUCUUCUUCGGCCAUGGAAGAGAACUUUAGUCUUGUAAAGAGCGAAGACUCUCUCCCCUUUGGUAUGCUUAUUCGCCUUGCUCCUGACCUUGUGGAGGAGAUUAAGAGAGUCGAAGCUCUAGGUGGAACUGCAAGAAUCAAAUUUGAGCCCAAUAAUAACAACCCUUCUGAAAGUGUUAUUGAUGUUGGAGGCAAGGACUUCAGAUUUACAUGGGCUCGAGAGCCAGAGGACAAUUGUGACAUUUAUGAAGAAAGUCGAAAUGGUGAGGAUGGAAAUGGUUUGCUUGUUGAAUCUGGGUCUGUUUGGCGUAAGCUGAAUGUGCAGCGUAUAUUGGACGAGUCUACGAGGGACCAUGUGAAAAUGCGGUCUGAAGAAGCUGAACGCAAGUCGAAAUCUCGAAAGUCCAUUGUGUUAGACCAUGGGAACCCAUCAGUCAAGAACCAGGCUAAGCCAUCAGUUGCUGCUCCAGCUAACUCACGGAGGACACCUUUCAAUAAAAAGAACGAUUUUGUAUCUAAGAAGCCGAAAGCUGAGGUCAGUCCAGUCACACCUGCUUCUCUUCCUAAAUCUGUUCCAAAACCUGCAGCACCUUUGAAUUCAACUGUUGCUGCAAAGAGUAGGUCCUUAUUGUCACCUGCACCAUCUUCACCUGAGCAAAACACCAUUCCACUUCAAGCUUCUGCAACUCCCCCUGGUGUUGGGUUUGGAGUAUCAGGACAAGCACUUGGCCAUGAUGUUGCUGCUCCCCAUGUUAUAAGUAAACACGAAGCUACUAUUCCUGAGAAAGAGAUGCUUGCUAAGCCUUCUAAACCUGCUACCCAAGAAGCAGGUCAUAAGGCUGGUUUGGGUACUUCACCAAUGGAUCUUCGAAACAUUUUGAUCACGAUACUCAUGGAGAAUCCCAAGGGAAUGAGCUUAAAGGUCCUGGAAAAAGCUGUUGGAGAGGCUUUUCCUAACUCCGGAAGGAAGAUAGAGACUGUCAUUAAAUCAAUUGCGACUUACCAGGCUCCUGGAAGGUAUCUUCUAAAGGAUGGUGUGGAAAAGGAUACCUCUACAAAACCUUCAUCAGAUAUUGGAAGUUCGCCCGAGUCGUUACACAUUCAAACACCAAUUGCAGAACCUGAAAGUAUGGCAAAGCUUUCAACUGAAGAACCUGAGAAACAUGAUCAAUUGAGCUCGAAGGUAGGAGAACAACCAAAUGCUUUGGAAGAGAGAGAAACACACAGUGUAUCACCUGAUGAAGUUGGCGACAAUAAAAAGAUGACCAACAGUGAAGGAACUGGGGGCAGCAGUUCCAGUGAUAGUGAUAGCGAGAGUGAAAGUGCUAGUAGUGACAGUGGAAGCGAUAGUGGGAGCCACAGUAGGAGCAGAAGCAAAAGCCCAAGCCCUGCUGGAAGUGGAAGUCCAAGUACCAGUGAUAGUGAGAGUGAUGGAACAAGCAGUAGCAGCGAGGAACCUGAUGUUGAUGUUGAUAUCAUGAGUGAUGAAGGGGAAGCCGAUGAUAAAUUGGGUAUUCCUGUUCUAACUACGUCCACAUCUCCCAUUACCAGGAUAAGUCAUGAUGACGGGUUCGGUAGAGAUCAUGAUGGUGAGAAUAAAAAUGAUGGGUACCUCGAAACAAUGGAUAUAAAUUCUGAAGAUGUUGAAAUUUGCGACGAUGUGGCUGAUUUUACGAAAGCUUUGAGUCCCAAUGGCAAAAAUAAAACUUCUAGUGAUCACGAAACUGACAUGGCAGCUAAUACUAAUGUGAUUCCUCCUGUAACAGAUACAGAAUUGUUGGAACAAAAGGUGCCUUCUCACUCCCCGGAUCCAUACAAGCAGUUAGAUCGGGAAAGAGACUCUUAUGGUGGAAGGCUUGUGGCUGAUGUGGUCAAUGACAUGAGAGAAACCAUGGCAAAGGAUGUUUCAGGCCAUGAUCUGCCGGGUAAUCUACAGAGAGCUUCUAAGGUGAAAUCCAAAAGGGGACCUGAUGUAAAGCAUGCCCAAGACAAUUCAGAAAAUUUGAAAAGAUCAAAGGCAGACGUGGAAACAGAGAAUAUAGCUCAGUCAUUGGUCCAUGAAAAAAGUAAGGAGACUUAUGUCUCUGAGAGACAACAUUUAAAAUCUCCUGCUAAGUUUGAGCCUGGCCCCAAUAAAAAGCAUCUCCAUUCUACACAAAUGGCUGAAAGUUUAAAUCGAGAUGGAAGUGCUGAACCAAGUGUGCGGGGUAGAAAGGCUCCUGAUAAUGUAGACGUAGCGGUCAGGAAUGCCUCUAAUUUUGGCAAAGGUAGUGGACAUGUUGAAAGAGGAUCAAUGACUUCUGAUACAACAGGAGCAUGUGCUUUAAAGAAUUCUAAUUUACAGCAUGAGAGAGCCCACAAUGAGAUACUAGAUGAAGAGAGAGAGGGUAGCAAAUUCUUCUCUACCAAAUCUAGCAGAGAGAAUAUCAUCGGGGAGCGGAUAUCCAUUGGCCAUGACCCACAAAACAAGAAAUCAAGUGAACAAACUGGAAAGAGAUCAAAAGAACAAUCAACUCAGUUUACUUUAACUGCCAUGCCCAAGGACAAUAGGAAAGAUGGGAAUAGGCGUGGCAGUGGAAAGGAAAGUUUCCUGAGGAGGGAGCUUUCUGAUUUGGAGUUGGGUGAAUUCCGGGAACCUGCGGUUGCUGAGGAGGCAAAGAAACAGCUUGAGAAAUCAAAUUCUUUCAAACUUUCACAAAGUAAAAGAAGUCCCACUGAUUUGGAUAGAUCAAAGGGGAGAAAUACUGGGAAAGUAGUUCAAGAGCCAAAGAGGCUCUCACCAAUGAACCAAGAAAAUGAGUUGGGUAAGAGAAUGCUUGAAGACGAGCAUUUAGAAUCUACAAACCCUCAUCAGAAUUUCAGACAUUCACAGGCUACACAAAGAGCAGACCUUGGUGAGUUUGAUUCUUCAUCUCAUUUGGACAAAUUUCUUGAGAAACCUGGUAGGGGGGAUAUACCUGAUAUGGAUCCAAGCCAUGGCAUGGCCUUGGAAAGCAAUUUCAAUGCUUCAAAGAAGAGAUCUUCAGGUCUAUCCAAUCAGCAAGAUGCUAAGGCUUGGAGCCAGGGCAUUCCCAAUAAUGUUCAGGGUAGCAAAUCCACGAAUACCAGUUCAAUGACUGGUUCAGGAGGGAAAAGGAAAGAGAGGUCGUGGAUGGAGCAUUGUAAUGGGAGUAAAAAGAGGAACUCUUUAUCAGAUGAUGAUAAAGUACUCUAUGCAAAGUAUGAGAAAGAUGAGCCAGAACUAAGAGGUCCAAUAAAAGAUGAUGCCCAGUACAAGGAGUAUACUAAAGAGUAUUCUGAAAAGCACAGUUGUUACUCCUCUUUAUACAAGCUUCUGGAGAGCGAAAGGGCUGACUUCGAGAAAUUUAGACGUGAUCUUGAGCAUGCAAAAGACAGAGAUAUGGAUUCGUAUAACAACAUCGUGGAGCGCAUAAUACAGUCUUAUCGUCUAUGCGGUCCGGGACAUAUACGGAUGAAGAAAGUAUUUAUUGUGCUUCACAAAGAGUUGCAGCUCCUGAGGCAGAGAAUAGAGGAAUAUGCAGCCACACAUACAUGAGCGGAUAUGAUUAAGGGGGAUUUAUUUCCUCUCGGACAUUUUAACAGUUGUGAUGAUCCAUAUUCCGUCAUGAUGAAUGAAAUCCUGCUCCCCUUCUUCAGUGACCAGGUUGAAUGACAUGGUGCCUCACAAUGUUUUUGUUUUUCUUUUGAGUGGGUAGGGUGCUGGAUUUUGAGAGAGAGAGAGAGACGCUAAAGGUGAUGCAUCUCCCAUUGCAGUUACAAAGAAUGAGGGAAGAAAAUGCUCCAAAUUAAUGAUUUCUUAGAAAUAUGCAGAACCAACUGUAAAUGGUUGACAGCAGAUGGGUUCAGUUCAAACUUCAAUGGAUACGAUGAGUUCGCACUGAGGGUGAAGAAGUAUCAUGAAGUCUGCCGGUCCUGGCUGAAGUUUUGCCAAUUUUUGUAAAUACUGUUUCCUACCAGGACGAAGGUUAUGAUUGGAGAGAGCUCAUUUCCACAACAUUUACGUGUACAUAAAUAAUUCUAAGUAGGCUUUCCUUUCGUAAUUUGUGUUGUAUCAAUUGGGAUUUGAGGCAAUUAACAGAGGAGCCCCAUGUUUUUUUCAAUGGCCGGGUCACUCCUGCGCCUACCUUUUGUUA